AGGGCUGUGAAGAGUGGUGUCCGUGACACCGCUCUAGAUCUAGUCCAGAAUACCGCACAGCUUACGGAGCUGUAUUGGGACUCAAUUUUGCUUACUGAGCGUGGCUUCCUGGAUCUCAAUUACGGCGAUUACGCUAGCUUCCAGAAAUACGUGGUACAGGAGGUCGGAAAGACGCUUACCAUUCACGAUCGGGGACUCAAAGUACAGUCCAGCUGGCCUGGCAAAAGUCUGUGGCGAAAUAUUGGUCUGGCGUAUUCUUUGCUGUAUUUCCCCGGCUGGUCCGAAAGUCCGGUUUGGUGCAAAAAUAACACUACCAGACUCCAGGUAGUCUUGGCAAAAGACAUUAGACGUGAAAUCAAGCCACUACUUAUAGCACUAUUGGAAUACGCUGCCGUUUUGGACCUUGCCUGGCUCCGCAUACACGUUUUGAGAGACGUGGGAGGAAUCAAGGAUCUUCUUCGAAAUCUAAACUGGCUGGGUGGAAGAGUUGUGGCCAACGAGGACCGACUUAAAGCCACAGAAUAUUUGACACCAGUGGAAUGCGCCAUGUUUUCUGAUGAGAAGUUUAUCAUCGUGGAGUUCGAGUGUUGA